AUGCAUUCAGCUGCAAGCAAGCAGGGCACUGCAGUUACUGCCAACACAACCAUUACAAAUACAAUACUGUCAAAACAACCAGCUUGGACUCAUUCAUCAACUACACCUGCAGUGGAGGUCUUAAAUCUAUCCAGCCACACUGGACCGGUUGUGGGACACUGUGGUCCAAAGUUGAAAUCCUCAAAUACAAACCAUGAGAGGAAGUUACAAGCAGGUGCAAACAUCUCAGCCAAAGCCUCCCCUAGAAACAUCCAGAAAACAGCUUCAGCAUCACACAUUGUGGGCUCCACAGACACUCCCAAGUCUCUUCACAAAACAGCAUCUGCUUUCCAAAUUUCCUCUACAGAUUCAUUCAAGAGUGUCAACCAAACUUCUCUCUCACACAUAACUAGAGCUACUUCCAACCACAAACCAUCCCAUUCUGUAGCUCUGAAAGUAGACAAAACUGAGAAGAAUACGAGAUUUAUAGGCAAAGAGGGGCCACUAUCUACCUCACUGAAAGAUAAAAUGAUUGACAGACUAGAAGAGAGCAAACCACAGCUAGGAACAAAAGUGGAAAUGGCAGAGAGUCCUCAGGGACAACAGGAGCAGAAAAUAAAGAGCAGAAACAAGAGGGAAGGAGAGAAACUAGUAGGGGAAGGAGGAAAGACUGGAGAAGCUGUCCUACAGGGUUUAGGAAGUGAUCUCAACAUGCUGAGCUCGAUAGGGUAUAAACAAAUCUCCCAUCUUGAAAAAAAGAAACUACAUCGAGCAACAAACGCCUCUACUGAACAGCUGGUGGAGAUAGAACAGAAGAGUUAUGCAUAUGUCAAGACCCAAGAGAGACAAAGUGACAUGGAGAUACAAGAGAAAGAGAAAGACAAGAAUAAGUCUCUAAAAUCCAAGAAACUGAAUGAUGGAGAGACGAGGACAGUUGAAGAUUUUAUUGCAGCAGAAACUCAGGAUAUGGCACCCCAGACAGAUCUACACCUGGUGUAUGUUGAUGCUGAAGUUCAGGCAGUUGUGGAUGUCUUCAGCAAAUCCACAGACAUGAGUCCAAUCCAUCAACCCUGCAGUCAGUUAAACGCUGAGCUAGACCUCCGCACUAAAGUGGGCCUACAGAAUGGGCUUAAUCCCGAAAACAACUGUGACUCUGAUUGGUUGCCAACUGUAGCCUCACCUGACCCCACACCAAUGGGAACCAAGACUAGAUUUCUAGGCCCACCCCCUUACAAGUCCCCCAAUAGCCAGAAACCUCUUCAACAUGUCUGUCGAAUAGAGAUAGAGCUUUGUAGCCAAUCACCACAGUCUGUUGGUUCAGCACUGCCCCAAGUCACAGUCAGUGUGGCGGAGAAGAACUUAGAGGAUUCCUCAAAGCCGCUCAACUCUGGGAAACCAGCAGAGAUGGACAGAGAAAACGAGGAGAGUGGUGUACCUCAGGAUAUCGUCUGGGAUGAGCAGGGGAUGACGUGGGAAGUUUAUGGAGCAUCAUUGGAUAUGGAGUCACUGGGAUUUGCUAUCCAGAAUCACCUGCAGUGCAAGAUCCGCGAACACGAACGCCGUAUUGGCACACUCCGGAAGUCCAUCUGCCUCUCAGAGCAUUCGCCUGGGAAGAACAAGACGGUGAAGAGGAAUGUUUUCAGGUCAAUGUUUGCUGGAUGCAAGUGUUGCUCGAAACCACAACCCAAAGAAGAAAUGGCUAAGUGA